AUGUCCGCGACGCUGUCCGCGCUGCAGCAGCGCAAGGAGCGCUUGGACGAGGAGCUGAAGCAGACGGAGAAGCAGGUGUACGACCUCGAGACGCACUACCUGAACGAGAGCUCGCAGCACGGGAACGUCUUCAAAGGGUUCGAGGGGUACCUCUCGCAGACGAAGAACACGACGCAGAAAAAGACGCGGAGUUUCAAGCCGGACGAGAGGUUGUUCUCGAUGUCGAGCACGACGUCACCGGUCGUGGAGGAGAUCGCCGCGGAGCAGGCGCAGGAGAAGACGGUCACGACGCAGUCGGGGAGGAAAGCCGGCGGCGGCGGCGGGUACCGGUAG